AUCGAGGUCACGGUGAUAUCGAGACGUUUUGGGGACGUGUUGCUGACGUCUUUUGUGCCACGUUAAACUUCACUCGGUGACGUCCGCGUCGAUGGAGCGCAGGCUGGCCGAGUUCAGAGCCAGGCGGCAGGCUGAAACUACGAUGAAAAGGGACGACAGCGGUGGUCCCCAGUGCAAAGCACAGUCAGCCGCGGACACAGACACUCAGAUCGAUACAACAACGACAAUAACAACAACAACCACAACAACUGACGAUCAACAAACCCCGGAAACGGAACGUAUCAGAGCUUCGCGUCAGACCCCUGCGAUACAGGACCGAAGUGACUGGCUGCUGGACAGCGCUCUGGGAAGAUGGCUGGCUUCAAGACGAUUCGUCUUCACAAACCUCACUCUGCUCAAAGUGCUGCUGUGGCUUGUGCUGCUCGGCCUGUUUGCUGAACUGGAGUUUGGCCUGCCCUUCUUUGUCCUCUCCCUCUUCUACUGGCUCUACGAAGGACUGCGGAGCCCAGCGGCCCGUCAGCCCGGAGAAAUGAGCGCUUAUUCUGUGUUCAACCCGGACUGUGAGCCGCUGCUGGGCGCUCUCACUGCCGAGCAGCUGGAGGGAGAGAUGGGUUAUGGACAUCUGGCUUCACAUUUAUAUUGAAUAAUCACAUCUUAUCAGCAUUCUACAGGGAUGUUUUUUAUUUCUGUAUUACUUAUUAAAUGGAGAUUGGAUUACCUACAGAUGUAUUCCUGAUUCUAUUCCUAAAAGCAGUUAUGUUUGUGAAAUAUGGCUAUGUGACAUCAAAUAACUUAAGCUUUAACUCAUUUCUAAUUUUGUAGAAAUGUGGGAAUGGUAAGGAAACUGGGGAGAAACAGCAGCUUUGAAAUUUAUGUUAGAACAAAUGUUUCUCACUUCAAAUAAAUGGCUUUUCCAAUUCUAAUGA